CAACCAUGACUAGACCAUACAAAAGUCAUGGCUCGUGGGCAGUAGCCAAGCGGCGAAAAUCAGAAAACGUUCGUGCGUUUCAUAAAAACAAGUAUUGUAAAUUUUUAUCAGCCAUAAAAAAGGAAGAUCAAUGGAUCCGUAGCGAUAAGACAGCCAGCAGGCUAAAUAGUUUUCUGAGAUAUCUUAUCAACAAACGAGUGCAGAAGCUUUGAGUGAGAGUAUAGUGUACGUACGUGUGUGCUCGGGUAUCUCUCGCCAACAAUAAAAUUUAAAAAAAAAAAAAGAGAACUCGUGCAUGUUCCAACAUUUCUCCUCUAGAGAUCUAUUAGCCUACUUUCAAAAUAUGGUUCGACGACAGAGAUCGUCCUUCGUCGCAGCGGGACUUGGACUGUUGUUCUUGGUCAUUUUCACAAUUGUCCCAUCUGCCACAAAAGAAAAUGAGCAAAGCCUUGGACACUCGGAAAGUUUUCGUGAGUUCCAGGAACAUUUCUGGGCCAAAUUCAAACAUUUCGAGAGGAAAAUGGAAUUGGAAGUUGUCAAACUGAAAACGAAGGUAGAACUGUUGGAAACAAAAGUUGCAGAGCAGGCAUUCUUACUGAAGGAGUGCAAGAUGUCUUCUGAUAAGAAAUACGAAAACAAAAUGCCAUUGGAUUAUAAUAGAGAAAAAGUAGACUAUAGUCUACUGCCAGUCAGAAAGCAGUAUCAAACACCCAAGACUUGUUUGGAAGCUCUUACAGCAGAUCCUUCACUAGAAUCGGGAAUGUAUUUUAUUGAUCCUGACGGCCAUGGUAUGGGAGACGAACCUAUUUACGUCUAUUGCAACAUGACCACAGGCUCAUCGUCCGUAUUACACGACAGCGAGGAUGCAAUUGAUACUGGCCACUGUUUCGAUCCCGGAUGCUAUUCCCGACAAAUUAAGUACAACGCUACGCUAAGACAAAUAACAAUGCUAGCUGAAGUCUCCAAUGAAUGUCAGCAGUCAAUCGAGGUCGAUUGCUUCGAUGCUGCGUUUGAGUUUAAUGGAAUCGCUUACGCUUGGUGGAACGACCGAAAUGGUGACCCGCGUUACUUCUGGUCUGGCAAGAAUAACAACUUAACUAGCCAUUAUCAUACAUGUCAGUGUGGUUUGGAAAAAUCUUGCGUUGAUAAAAGCCUUUCGUGCAACUGCGACAGCGAUUUAGCCGUGGAAUUGUCUGACAUAGGAGUCAUCACAGAAAAGGACUUGCUUCCACUGACAAAGUUGAAUUUCGGACGGACGAUCGCACCGACCUCAGUUAAACAGCACAAACUUGGUCGAAUGGAGUGCAACGGAAAAGUUGUGCUCGACGGAAUGCCAGCAUCGUGCGAAGAUCUUUGGCGGAUCGGCUACACUCUAACCGGAUUGUAUUCCAUCAGAGGAUCGUCUUCUAACAAAGUUGAAACGGUUUACUGCGAUUUCAAUAAACUACCUGGCGACGAAGGUCUCCAGACGUGGAUCGGUUAUGUUGACCUUAAAUCGGAACCCGUGUACUUUAACGUUGAAAGGAAUACAACCUACAGCACUUUCAACGAGGCAAUGCCGUUCGAUUGGGAAACACUGAACGCAGGAAAUACGUUUAACGUGUCGUCGGGAAUUUUCACUGCACCUCGCAGCGGAACUUACUUCUUCGCCUUUUCAAGCUUUUCCGCAAACACAUAUGAUAAUUUUUAUUUUUAUCUGAAAGUGAAUAGUGCCCUAAAAGCGGACUGCGUGACUCAAGCAGGAAGGAUUUAUAACUGUCAUAUCUUAUACACUGUAAGGUUACUUCUCGGAGACGAAAUUCAGGUGUCUCUUCAACAAGGAUCAACGAAUAGCGCUCAUUUUAUCGGCGUGUUGCUCGAUGAAGACAUUUUUCAAUCUUAAUGUAUGAUGCACAUUGUUUUUCAAUUUUUGUGAUGAAACACUCGCUGUCAUUCACCAACUGUUAAGCGAACUCUAAGAAAAUCGGUUUUAAAAAACCGAACAGUUCUGUAAUCUGUGUUAACCAAUACAAACAAGUUCAAAUUAA